CCAGUUUAUCUUACGUCGCGCUGAACCUCACGACGCUCCUCGUUUUUCAACUUUUCCUUGGCAUAUUUUCUAUCGAGUAAUUUGGAAAGGUUAGUGUUAUAAAACGAUACCAAAAGAAAAAGAAAAAGAAGACGAAGAAGAAUAAGAAGAGGAAAAGGAAAAGUUUAAAGAGAAAAAAAAAAGGAUGACAAGAGUGUUGCAAGUGAACUGAUUGACGAUUUGUUCGGAAAAAAAGAAAUCCUAUUCUCGGUUGGUGUAAAUAAAUAAAAAAAAGAAAAGGACAAAGGAAGGAGGUAGCAAAUCUCCCCUUCUAUAUAUUUGGAGGAUCCUUUCAAAAAGAUACAUGCAUAUAUAUAUUUCAUUGUGAGAAAAGAUAAAGGGACCGAAAGAGAUUCGGAACAUUAUACAUAUAAAUUUUUAGAGUCACUGAACUCUUCCGGAGGUCACGGUCGGUGUUUAUACUAUUCAGACUAUCUACCUAACUUAAGAACCCUACGUUAAGAUUCUCCCAUUGAACGACCAACAGAGAUCUCUCCCAGACAAUUACAUAGAAUAGCUAUAUAUUUUAAUUUCGAGAUAAGGACUGACUUGAAGAUGGAAAAUUGCGAUAACAAUUUUAAGAAAGCGUGUUACGGAUCAAAUGUGCUUAGAUUUACGUGUCCUGCGGACACGUAAGUGAUACAUCGUCUGAAAAGCUCAUAUAAUAAUUCAUGUUACUUGGAUGUUGGCUUAAUCUUGAUUAAUGGUUCUUGAAAGUGCAUUUACCAGAGAUCGUAACAGGUGUGACUGUCUUUACGUAAUCAAUCAAUUAAAUAUCUAUUCGAACUUAUCAAACAGUUCGAUCUAAGGAGAAAAAACUUAAAUAGUACGUAAUAAUAUUUUGAAAAAAAUAUCAUAUUAUUGUCCAGUUUGUAAGAGAACGACGUUGCUACGUUAUAUUAUAUUAUAAAUUCUGGAUUCAUGAACCUCCUUCAUAUUCACGAAAAGGAAUAUUUUUAAAACCAUAUCUUAAAUCUGCUCUACAUUUGUCUCUUUUCUUGAUGGAUAACCGCUAAACCGAUAAAUCAGACCUAUCUGUUUAUCUUCAUCAAAAGAACAGGUUUCUUAAAAGCGAGAUAGGUAAAUCGAUAAUUUCCUCCUACCUGACUAAUACGACAUAGGUCAAUGCGAAUAAAGAGAGAAAGUGAACAAAUUCAGCAAAAAUGUAUGUAAAUACAAAGCUGUAAAAUAUAUAUUCUUGGAUCGAAAGAAAAUAAAUGUUUCAUAUAGACAUAGACAUAGACAAUUGAAAAAUCUUAACAGAACAAGAUCGCCGUGAAAACAUUCCAGCUGUUCAUUUGAACGUUCAAUACAUCAUAGCUUAUAAAAAAAAAAAAAAAAUUAAAAGAAUUAAUAAUAAAUAAAUGGAAGAACAGCAGGACGAUUAAACUCGAAUAAACGAGGGACACUACUAUCACUAAUUUCUUUCGUAGACGAAUAAGAACUUCUUGUAAUAUAUAUAUAUAUAUAUAUAUAUAUAUAUAUAUAUAUAUAUAUAUAUCACGGUUCUUCCACAAUCCUCAGAUUUAUUUAAACGUCUAUUAUUUUCACCAUAAACAAGCCGCUUUUCACAUUUCAUUUCCAUUGCGUCAUCAUCUCAUUCGGUAAUUCUGAGAAAGUAUUUAUAUCGACCAUUUACGUUAGCGAGCAACUAUGAAUGAACGAGGGCCUAACUUACCGUAAACAUUGUGCUUACUAUAGUAUUACAAAAUUGGAAAGAAAAUUCGAAGAUCCUUGAAAAAGGAAAGAUUAUAUAUCGAAUAAAUCAUUAAUCGUUGUGACCAACGAAGAACAACUAAAGAAUAUUUGUAAAUGAACAUAUCGAAAAAGCAUAUUAAGGAAGAAUCAGAAAUUCGAAGAACGUAGCUAACAGUGAAAGAAGCAAUCUGCACAUCAUCCUGAAUCAAUAAAACGACAAGUGAAGGAAAUCGUUCGCCUCACAAAGGAUUCUUACAAACCUUGUCACGAGGUGACUUCGAGUAAAGUCGUUUAAAAUCGUCUGCUUUUUACUUUUGAAUAAAAUUGAUUCGUUGAUAUACGAUUAGUAAAUAUUUGUCAUACGAUAAGUAUACACAUCAUGUUUUGGAAAACGUCUAAUGUGGCAACGAACUCAAAGUGUAUUCAAAUAUCAGCUACGAUCAGUGCUUUACCACGUGUAAGAAGAUCAGCAAGUUCUAUUGUUACUUGGACGAACGUAACAAACGCGUACGUUCACAGAAACGUCAGUUUCGAGAUAUCGCCUGAAUUGGAAGAAGAACCCUUGGAAGCUUGUAGUUCGGUGUACUUUCUGCUUGAAUUGUUCCACAUGUACUACAUUCCGGCCAUUAUCCUUUUGGGACUGGUUGGAAAUCUUUUGUCAUGCGUUGUCUUUCUGAAUACCCAUUUAAAAAUGCGAAGCUCGAGUUAUUAUUUAGCUGCAUUGGCCACGGCUGAUUUUGGAUUUUUGGUCUCCCUUCUUCUGGUUUGGCUCAAUAACACCGUUGGAUGGAUGGUAUUUAACAAAGACGGCUGGUGCGAGACCUUGGUCUACGUCAGUGCUGUUUGUAGCUCUCUCAGCGUUUGGCUGAUCGUCGCCUUCACCGUAGAAAGAUUCAUAGCCGUGCAAUACCCAUUGCAUCGACCUCACAUGUGCACGAUAGCACGGGCAAAGGCUAUCGUCUUGAUAUUAGUUAUACUUGCUCUCGCAAGUCAUUCUUACGCUUUUGUUACCGCCGGCGUCGUGAAGGUUCACGAUGGCUAUGAAUUAUGCGAUCUCAAGAUAGAAUAUCUUGAGACUAUGAGGAUCAUCAGUAUCAUCGAUAGCAUAGCCAGUUUGAUAGCACCUCUUGUACUUAUCAUUAUUAUGAAUACAAUGAUAAUGAGAAAUCUUCUUAGAUUCACUAGAAGAUUCAAACAAGCACCGAGCGUAUCCACCACCUGUCCAAGCAGAGAGAGAUCCGAAAUUAAUCUAAACCAAAUUCCGAGUGCUAGUAGCAGUCACAAUGGUGCCGGAGGUAUUAAUAUGGGUACCAUCAUUGGAGGACGUAGGCCACCCUCUCAACAAUCUUUUCAUUCUUCGAAGACCAACCAUUCUCAAAAUUCAAGGCAUCAGCCUACAUCGAUCGCAGUACCACCAUCUACACCAAGAAAUGCUUGCCAACUACCCGAAAUAGCGGCUCGAUGUAUACAUGUACGAUCAUCUUCACGGAAUCUCGUAUCAACUAGAAAUCAACAGAGUAUUACAAAAAUGCUCUUAUUGAUUAGUACUGUUUUUAUUAUUCUCAAUUCUCCGAGCUACGUGAUACGCUUAUGUGUCUUUUUCUUCACUCUUGCACGAAGAGAUACACCCGCUCUGCUCUGGUGUCUUCAACAGUUCUUCAUGCUUCUUUACUACACUAACUUCAGUAUCAAUUUUCUUCUUUACGCCAUGUGUGGUAUCACGUUUCGACGCUGUCUGGAACAACUGUUGCGUAAAGUUUUAAAAAGCAUGACCAGGUAUCACUGCAAUCCUCAAAGAUACAUAUAGCUAUUCCGUCAUCAUCGAUCUGGAAGAAGUCGGACAGAAACAAUCAUUAUGAUGAACGUUAGAGAACCGGCUAAUUCAUAGAUGAUAGUUGAAAUGAGAUCAUCAACGCCCUAAUCAGGGUAACGUCUACAAAUUUGCUCAAUUUAUCAAAGACUGAAAAAGAAGAAUAAAAUGUUUGACCAUAAUUCAUAAUCAAUAUCAAAACCUCUCGAUGGUUUCUUGAGUUUAUUGACGCUCCACAAAUGGAUAGCCAUGACAACUGCAAAAAUAAUAGACAUUAAUGAAAUUAUUUCUAUCGUAACGUUCAAUAUCCAAUGUCUAUUCACGGUUCAAAUUAAUGUCGAGGGACACAUCUGGUACUUGAAUUGCAAUGUCAUUGAUAUGGGAUAUCAGGGGUGUUGUCGAGUGGUAACAGGGUAGUGAUAUGCGCAACAUUAUUACUAUCUCUGUGUACAUGCUGAUCGAUAGUUACUUAAAGAUAAAGCUACUCGUCUCGUUGCAACGGCUUAUGAUAAACAAGAUUAUUUGAGUAUACUUUAUAAGAUUAUAUGGAAUAUAGAUGAAAUAUACACAGCGAGGACAUUAAUAAUCGUGAUAACAUUGAAUCUCGAAGAACUCUGUUUUUAAUUUUAUUUUAAUGUUAAUAUCCCUCGAUGAUGUAUCCCUCGAUUGUCAAGGCUAAAACAAUAUUUUAUAUCGAAACAUUAUUUAUUUAUACUUACAUUAUACCGUUACUCUGUAUCCAUAUAUUAUACGUAAUAAUUGUAUUCGAAUCGAAAAAAAUAUUCUUCACGAAUUUAUCGUUAUCUAAACAUCAUAUCCAAAGCUUAUUGUUAGCAAAAGGAAAUAAGAAGAGAUUAACAUCAUUUUUUUCAACAUUAUUGCCAACUUUUACGUAGAUAUGAUGAAGAUAUGAAAUUUAUAGGCGACAUCUGAAAGCCCAGAAUUUUGUGUUGCACUUAAAACAUAGGGGAUAUAGCGUUUGAUAGGCCGUAUAAAAUUUUAUUAAACCUCUUCGAAAUUUGUUAUUACACGUAUCCCACGAGGAUUUUAAUUGAUAUAGGAAUUCUUCUAAAAAUAAAAAAGAGAAGUGAUAAACUUACUUUUCUCAUUUUUUUCAUCGCUUUUGCACAGUAUUUGUUUAAACUAGGUAAAUUAUACUCACGUGAAAGUUGGCUAAAUAUUGGUGGUCUCUACUGGUGUUAAUUAAUUUCGCAAAAUCAUAAUUAUAAAGUUAACGAUUAAAUCAUGAAUAUGAAAAAAAGAAACAAAACUUAAUUUAUAAUAUUCACGUUUGAAUUUUUAAUUGAGCAAUUAUUAUCUCAAUAGUUCUACUUUUCUUCGAAAGCUUUUAAUAUAUGCAUUUAAUAAAUGCAUACCAAUAUUUGUACAAGCAUGAAUCCUUCUAAAGCAUAUAAUCUGCAAAAAUAUUUAAUGUUUACCAUUAUUAAAAAAAGAACGCUAAUAUUAAAAGGCAAAGUAAAUAAUAUCGUGAGAAAUAAUGGAAGUGAAAUAAUCACGUACCUGUUCUGACAUCCUCGAAUCGAGAAAAAAAUGCGUAUCGUUUUUAUCAAUAAUUGAAAACAACAAACGAAGACAAUGUUUUGACUUAUUAAAUGUUUCUAUGUGAUGUAAUACGUAGGAUUCCUCGCAACUACUGUGUAAAUAGGUUUAUCUUAAAUAUUAUAAAAUAAAUCUAUCUAAUC